GAUCCGGGAGCGGCGGCACGAAGUUAAGUGAUAAGACGGACGUGGUGCAUCUGGACGUCGGCACCGUGGAUAGUCGCGGGCAGCAGGGCCCCCAGAGCGGGCUAGGCCUCCUCGGUGAUUCGCGAGUAGCCGCCAACAUUCGCGUCUUCUUCUCCACUAGGAUCGGGAGCGCGCUUCCCGACACAGGUUGACCGGAUGGCACUGCGUAACCCCGCACCCAUCAUCAAGCCUUAACCUCCGAAGACGCCGCCGACGACGAGCCAAGACCAGAAAUGGCGUCCCUCAACUUCAACGUGCCCCUGACCAACAUGGACUUCACGGAGCUGCGCGAGGCGGUCUGGGCGAAGCUCCAAGAGCCCAAGUCCCAGCGGAAGCUGAUCAUGCUGAUCGUAUGCAUAGCGCUGCUCCUGGACAAUAUGCUAUACAUGGUGAUUGUGCCGAUAAUACCGGAUUAUUUGCGUUACAUCGGCGCGUACACCGACGAACCCCUGCCCGUGCUGCCGGGAAACGCGACCCUUCCACCAGGUACACCCUACAAACACGACCACCACGGCCAAGAUUCGGCUACCGGCAUCCUAUUCGCAUCCAAGGCCAUAGUGCAGCUGCUGGUCAAUCCUUUUUCCGGGGCGGCGAUCGAUCGCAUCGGCUACGACAUACCGAUGAUGAUAGGGCUGUGCAUCAUGUUCCUGUCGACGGCGACGUUCGCAUGUGGCCGCAGCUACGGCCUCCUGUUCUUCGCUCGGAGCCUGCAGGGCGUCGGUUCGGCGUUCGCGGACACCGCAGGCAUGGCCAUGAUCGCCGACAGGUUCACGGAGGAGAACGAGAGGUCCAAGGCGCUGGGCAUCGCGCUCGCCUUCAUCAGUUUCGGCUGUUUGGUGGCGCCGCCCUUCGGCGGCGCCCUCUAUCAGUUCGCCGGCAAGGAGGUGCCCUUCCUCAUACUGGCCUGCGUGUCCCUGAUCGACGGUUUCAUGCUGCUGCUGGUCAUGAAGCCCAUAAAAGAACAGCUGAAGAUGUCGCAGUGCACCGCCGCCCCAUCGGUGCCCAUAUGGAAGCUGUUCAUGGAUCCGUACAUCGCGGUUUGUUCGGGGGCGUUGAUGAUGUCCAACGUCGCCCUGGCCUUCCUCGAGCCCACCAUCUCCCUCUGGAUGGAGGACAACCUCACCACCGACAACUGGAAGAUCGGUAUGAUUUGGUUGCCGGCCUUCUUCCCUCACGUGGCCGGCGUCUACGUCACCGUCAUCAUGGCCAGGAAGUACCCGACUUACCAGUGGCUGAUGGCGGCCUGCGGUUUGGCCCUGGAGGGCAUCUGCUGCCUGUUCAUCCCCUUCUCCACCUCCUACGUGUUUCUGAUGAUCCCCAUUUGCGGCAUAUGUUUCGGCGUGGCUCUUAUAGACACGGCCAUACUUCCGACCCUCGGUUACCUGGUGGACGUACGUUAUGUAUCAAUCUACGGAAGCAUCUACGCCAUAGCGGAUAUUUCGUAUUCGCUUGCCUACGCAGUCGGGCCUGUCAUAGCCGGUGGUGUGGUCGAGGCCAUCGGUUUCACCGCCUUGAACUUGCUCAUCGCGUUCUCGAAUCUGCUCUACGCGCCCGUCCUGAUGUACCUCAAGGACAUCUACGACUUCAAGCCCUUCGAGAACGAGGCCAACAUCCUGAUGGCCGACCCUCCGAAUCGCGAGUACCAGACGUACUCCAUGCAGGAGCAGAAGCCGGUCGGCGGGGAGGUGUUGAACCAUCUGGAAUACCGCCAGCAGCAGCAGCAGCAGCAAGAAGAGACUUCUUUCGACGGAGGUUACCAGCAGGUUAACGACACUAGUUACCAACAGUAUCAAACGCCGUAUCGUGAAAAUACUUAUCAGCAACCUCCUCAAGCCCCGACCAGGACUGCAGGUUGGUCCCAGCCCAACGAACCUGCCCAGCCCAACCCGUUCAGGCCUCAGGAUACGACUUCAGGGAGGAAUCCCUUCAGGCAAGGUCUUUAAACGCAAAAUUCCCCAUCGAUAACCUAUUCGUUACUAUAUACAUAGAGUGUUGUUCUAGUCUAUGUACAUAUCACACCACUGUUCCUCUUGAUUUGUAAAUAACUUACUUGUAGUAGGAUGUAGAUAAUAUAUCUCGAUUUAUAUUUAUCGUACAUGACGACAACUCGGUAAUUUCCACCAAUUUUCAAUUCGAUUUCCAUUCAAUCAGGUGAUGACUUGACUCUCGUCAUAUUCGUUCAUUUUCCUUUGACGAGUUGUUGUCAGGUAUCUGUAUAAAUUUGAACUUUGUAUAGUCUAUUUUGCCUUGAGUACUUAUUUACGUUGUACUUACAUUAUUUUAGACGUUUUAUGAAAAAAUUAUCAACUGAGAUCACAUACAUAUCAGAAUCGAAUGAUUCGCUUUGUUAAGUUGUGAUAGGUCAAUAGUUUGGCCACCUUAGAUUUAGGUGUAAAUAUCAUCUAAAGCGUAAUGAGUAGAUGUUCAAGGUGGAGAUUUCGAGAUAGGAUUCGACGUUCGCCAAGUCGAAGGAAAUAUUAAAAUCAUCAAGUUGCCUUGGAAUCUGACAGUUGACGUUUCUACUUGAAAUUACAGUUGUCAAACGUCAACUGUCAAAUUCCAUAGCCUGCUCGACAUGGAGGACGAGCAUUUACGAAAAAGAGAUCGAAUAUCGAUGAAAAAAUGAAUGUCAUUCGAGAAAAUGUCUCAAAAUUUCCACCUUCUCUAACAAAUGUAUUUGUAGAUUAGGGAUGAAUCUAAGAUAUCACUAUAUGGUAGCCCGCAUAUCACCCGUCUCCUUAAAUCGUGUAUAUUCAAGUUGGAUUUUAUUCGAAUAGCUCUCUGAUAGUUGUCAAUUUUCAUGUGAAUACAUUUCGAAUAAGUAUGAGACACAUCAAAUAUCUCAUUUCGAUAUUAAUAUAAAUACGUUUGGUGACCAGAAACAUUGCUCAGAUGUGUAGAUAUAAAUAAACAUAUACCCCCUUUAAUGUAAAUUAUCCCAAGAGAAAAUAUAUAAGAGAGUUGAUGAAGAUAUAAUGAUAAAGUAGGUACCAAAAUUCAAACAGGUUGGGAAAUCUCAGAAUAAACGGAUGAAUUCUUUGAUUUUCUUGGGGGUGGAUAGAUUGACUGCGAGCAAGGAAUGGAAUUACUUAACAUAAGUAAUCGAUUCUUAAUUUCACAGAUAGAAUUUCCACCUAAUCAUUCCUCCAUUAUGGUAAACCCUUGUUAUGGAUAUCGUCCAUUUAAAAACUUAGCAAUUCAAACUCCCGUUGGAUAGGCGAUAGAAAAAGCAAAAAAAACAGCUAAUUGGGUGCACAAAUGAGAAGAGAACUAAUAAAUAAAAUCCAAUAGAAGAGACGUUAGCUGUUUCGAAUUUAUUUUCAAUUAAUUGAUUUAUAUAUGGGCUUUUAAGUGUUGUGCUAUAGUCGAGCUAAAGUUCAGCAAUAAUGUAAUUCUUUUGUCUUGUUGGAACCUUCUCAGACCAAAACUCAGAUGAACAACAAUGCAUCGAAAAAUAGACAUAUCUGUAAAACUUCUGCUGUGGUGCCUAUAGAUAAGUAUUUUGACUCGAUAGAAUACGUAGUUAGAGAAUAAUAAUUGUAGACAUUAUAUCUUAACUUUCGUAAUCUAAAGUUGUUGUAAAACAUAAUAUGUGAAACCCUGAAAAAUGUCCUUCGUUUGGGAAAUCGAUGAUUUUCUUUGUUUGUGUUAGGUUAGUUGUCAUUUUAGAAACAUUAGUGUUUUUUCAGAAUGAAAAUUUUUCGAUAUUUUAUUAUUGUUAAUUGUUUUUCCUUUUGGAUAUAUGAAAGUAUAUGAUCACAUUUCUAGUUUUCAAAGCGAAUAGGUAUGGAAAUUGAUGAGUCAGCUUGAAUAUUGAUCUCUCAUGUCGUAAAAUAUCAUUAUCAGAGUCGUUACAUGCUGUCGUUAUUGUUUUACAUUGUAUUCAGAUUGUAGAAUAGAUGAUUAAGGUAAUGUUAUCAGUGUAGGAUACAGAAAUUGAUUGUUGAGAACGUGCCGGUUCAAAUCAGAUCAUCAUCGGUCUUCGUUUCAGUUUGUAGACAUCCUAUAUUUGUUAUUAGUUGAACCAGGCGACGUCCUAUAAACACACUUUGUCUUGAAGUUGUCGAAAACGUGAAUGGAUCUAUUAAAAUGAUUGUUAAUCA